GCUGCUCUCAAUUCACUCUCUUCAGCGCUUGUGCCUGGUCAAUUGGGAUAAAUCUCUCGUCCUUGUCCAUUUUUUUAUUCUUUUACAGUGUACUAACUAGUCCUUAAAUCCUCCUUUGUCAUCGCUUUCGUUCUGCCUCAUCUGCUCGCACUCACACAAACCCCACAAAGAUGUCGGAAGAGAAGAAGCCCCUACCAUUUGCAUACCAGUUUGCAGCCGGUGCUGUGGCUGGUGUCUCUGAAAUUCUUGUAAUGUAUCCUCUCGAUGUGGUCAAAACAAGAGUUCAGCUCCAACAGGGUACCGGAGCCGGUGCCGAAGCUUAUAGCGGAAUGGUCGACUGCCUCCAGAAGAUUGUCAAAAAUGAGGGGUUCUCCCGCCUCUACCGUGGGAUCACUGCACCUAUUCUCAUGGAAGCUCCGAAGCGUGCCACCAAGUUCGCCGCCAACGACAGCUGGGGCGCAUUCUACCGAUCCUUAUUCGGAAUGGAGAAGAACAACCAGCCCCUGGCGAUUCUCACCGGUGCCACUGCCGGUGCAACCGAGUCCUUCGUCGUCGUUCCUUUCGAGCUCGUCAAGAUUCGUCUCCAAGAUCGCAACUCUGCAGGAAAAUACAACGGCAUGAUCGAUGUUGUGCAGAAGAUCGUCAAGCAGGAAGGACCCCUUGCGCUCUACAACGGCCUUGAAUCCACCCUGUGGCGUCACAUUCUAUGGAAUGCGGGUUACUUUGGCUCCAUCUUCCAGAUUCGCGCUCAGCUCCCCAAGGCCGAACCAGGAAACAAGAGUCAACAAAUGCGCAAUGAUAUUAUUGCCGGUACCGUCGGUGGAACCAUCGGUACCAUUUUGAAUACCCCCAUGGAUGUUGUCAAGUCGCGCAUUCAAAACAGCCCGAGAGUCGCGGGUCAGACCCCCAAGUACAACUGGGCUUGGCCGGCUCUGGGAACAGUCAUGAAGGAGGAAGGCUUCGGUGCUCUCUAUAAGGGAUUCAUUCCCAAGGUUUUGAGACUGGGUCCUGGUGGUGGUAUUCUGUUGGUCGUGUUCACUGGUGUGACGGAUUUCUUCCGCAAGAUGAGAGGAGAAUAGAUUUCUCCCGGUUCAACUGUUCCAUUCCGACAACUAGAACAUGCGUGAUGGAGGGUAAAGGACCAAUUAGGAAUAAAAAACGAAGCUUCCAGCUUUGAUUAGCCGAAAACCAUCCAGUUCCUCUGGGUGUGUUUUGCGGGCGGGGGUAAGGGGUUUGGGCUCACAUUACGGACGCAGACACUAUGGGCCGGCCUUUCGUUCCUUCACUGAAUCUCAGUCCUUUCCCAAGGAAAAGCUUUUGGAUUGUUGGCCAUGGAUUGUCAGGUGUGUUCCCACGCCCCAGCUCCGAUGGAAUCUCUCUCAGUUUGUCGGUUUUCCGAUAAGUGUCACCUUUUUAGAUUAGAUACCAGGACAUUUUACUAUUCCGCGUACGCGAUAGAAUCUUUUGUGUGUGUUUGUGUUGUUUCAUGCCUGUGGACAUUUUAUCUUGUCUAGAGCGUGCAUUUGAUAUGUGUCUUGAUACAUACUGCGUUAUGCGCAGACAGACGAGGGCAUUCUUUUAAUGGAACUUGAUUUAAGACUGUCAUUCUCCAGUACCAUUGAG